AUGGGAAUCUCUCAAUUAACAGUCGCCGUCAUCGGCUGCGGCACCCUAGGAACAGCCAUCGCUGCUGGUAUUCUCGAGCCAAGAGACAAGGAGAAUUUUGAGCCGCCUUCUCCGAGCACAAAUCACGGGUCACAGUCUUCACCCGAAGAAGAGAAUAUCCGCGCAGUGCAAGAAGCCGAUGUGGUUCUGUUAGCCUUUAAGCCUUUCAAGCGAGCAGAUGUCUUUGCGGUCCCGGGAUUCAAAGAGGCUCUACGCGAUAAGUUCGUCCUCAGCAUUAUGGCCGGCAUCACCACCAAUGAAUUGAGUCGCCUAGUUUUCGGCGAAGACCAUGCCACAGGCAGUGGAGCUUCGCUCCAGUCUGUACGUGCAAUGCCCAACAUGGCAGCGAGGAUUCGAGAGGCUGUGACAUUGUACACCCCUAGCUCCGCCACGUCCAAAGAGAACAUAGAAAUCGCAUCUUGGGUAUUCGGACAGGUCGGCGAGGCCCAUCAGAUCCCAGAGAAAUCUUUCGAUAUCUGUGCAGUCUUGGUUGGUUGUGCCGGCUCGCUGCUGCUACUUGCCAUUGAUGGAUUGUUGGAUGCUGCCGUUGCUGAGGGCGUGAAGAGGCCCGAGGUACAGAACCUGGUAGUAAACAGUGCUAUUGGUAUGAUGAAAUUGGUACCAGCAGGUGAUCAUCCAAGUGUUCUGCGAGAGAAGAUUGCUUCUCCUGGAGGUUGCUCUAUUCGAGCUCUGUUGGAACUGGAAAAGCUAGGGGUUCGUCCCGCGUUCACAAGUGCUAUCCUGGCAGCGGCGGAGAAAUCCAAACAGAUGUCAUCUACUCGUUGA